GCCACGGGAAACCAUCGGGCAUUGUUUAUCUUCUUACCUGCAGCCACUAUCUGCAUCGCCUUCCGUGCAAUUCCUCUCAACUUGGAUUCAGAUUCACAUAAGUUCUUCUACAAGCAAAUUGGAUGACAGCCCGGUAAUCACACGCCGUUUGACGGCAACUCUGAUCACGCCACACAGCGCUUGAUCGCCGUGAACCGCCCGCCAUGGACCCAGAAAGCCAAACGCUUGCGCCACUUCCCAAUGCCCUCCACCAAGGUCUCACGGCCGUCUCCUUUUUCGGCUUCCUAUCCUUUAUAUCAACAACGGUUCUGCUCUUUGUUUUGACGUACAGGCUGCUUGCAUGGUAUUUGGCGCCGGAUCCCCGGUGGCCACAGCGUGUGGCGGGCGAGCCGAACCCCGACGCCGUUCUGGCCGAGGAAAUGGGUCUUCCGGACACAAUGUACCCCGAUGGCGGCAAAAAGAAUAAGACAAAGAGGGACGCACCGAACCAGUUUUUCGUACUCAUCUACAAUCUCCUUCUGGCCGAUAUCCAGCAGUCUAUCGCUUUCCUGCUCAAUGUGUCGUGGUUGGGCAGGAAUGCCAUCGUCGUUGAGAGCACAACGUGUUGGGCGCAAGGCUGGUUUGUCUCAACAGGCGACUUGGCCUCCAGCGCCUUCAUCUCCACGAUUGCGGUGCACACCUAUCUAUCCGUCGUGAGAGACUAUAAGCUGCCUACAUGGGCCUUUAGGACCAUGAUCGGCUCUGUAUGGUUUUUCGUCUACGCCUUUGCGAUGGCUGGUGUCAUCAUUACAAACAAUGGGGCUGCUGGAGGCGGUUUAUAUGUUCGCGCCUCUGCUUGGUGCUGGAUCAAUGCCCGCUAUGAAGCAAUGCGUCUCUACUUCCACUACCUGUGGAUGUUUAUAUCCUUCUUCGUCACCGCGGCACUCUACAUCCUCGUCUUUAAUCAUAUUCGCCAUACCGACCCUUCUCUCCAACUCCCAUCUUCUGCUAACGACACUACUUACUCUGACACCAAGGGUAAUCAUGGUCGUAGAUCCAGUCAAACACACGCGCACUCUAAUCCAGGACCCUCGGAGAGCUCCCAUAAAGACGCACCAAAGAUCACCCCGAGCAACGCUGGACAUCAUCCGGCCUUCCUCAUCUACCCCGUCAUCUACAUCCUCUGCACAGCACCCUUGGCAUUGGGUCGUGUCAUCUCUAUGACCGGAAAAGAGGUUUCGUUGGGCUACUUCUGCCUUGCCGGUGCAAUGAUCGCAUCCAACGGCUGGCUUGACGUUCUUCUCUUCUCCACCACCCGUCACGUUAUCAUGUUCAAUGCGUCACCAGGCUACGAAGAAACCGGCCUCGACACUUUUGCUUUUAUGCGCACACCCGCGAACCGCCGAUUUGGGAACAUGGUCUGGGUCCAGGGCGCGGGAAGUACUAGGCCCAACCUUCCGUCGGAAGAGGGCACCGGCGGUUGGCUUCAAAAGUGGUUCCGGAAGAAUCGCUGGGGACACGACAUCAAACAUGAGCGUCACCGGACACUCUCGCAUCGGAGUAUCAGCCAACAAUCCUUAAGGGGAGGCGGUGUCAGUAUGGAGGGCAUUCAAAUGGAAACGGUGACUACGGUCGUCAUUGAGGUUAAGGAUCAGCCUGGCGGACAGAAGAACAACGGCAGGUCUCAUUCGAUCGAUACCAUUGAUAAAGAACUGGCCCAGAGCUUUGGAAGUAUUUAGCUUCAAUAAGUUGACUGCAAACAAUGGGCGAUGCUCGAUCCUAUCAGAAAAGAGUCAACCGGGACAUGAGGUCUUAGUGAGUCGCAGUCAGGCGGAACACUUGGAAGAUCUCCUAACAGCUAACUGUCAACCAUCGGCCGCCGUCUCUUUUGUUUCAUCAUGAAUAUUUACUAAAACAUUGUUUAUUUGCGGUUGCAUAGCGGGUAUGUAGGAGGUCAUUUGUUCUAGUUAUACCCCAUAAUGUUAUCUAUACAUAAGGCUUAUUUUCCGAUCUAUCAUUAUGAAAG